GGAAGCGUCGACUUCGACCUGGUGCCGACGAGACAGAGCUGCAGCUGAUGGGAUUUGAUUCGAAGUGAAGUGACAUUGAGGGCGACGAGAUCGACCGCCAGGCAGCGCAUCGGAUCCAUUCCUUCGGCAGCUCAGAGUGGACAGCCAGUGAUUUAAUGGGAAAGAAAGGGACUCUCUGCGAGUCGGAAAUCGGGCAGAUACUCCGAAGAUAUAGUGCUGUGACAGUCAUGGGACUCAUUCGCGAGAUUGCGAGGUGUGAAAGUUCGAAGCUCGACUUCAAUGCUCUUGUGAAGAAGUCUAGUACCGGUAUAAGUUGUGCUCGCGAAUAUCAAGCUUUGUGGAGGCACAUCGCGUACCGUGCAGAAUUGGACGAUGCCUAUGAAGAAGAUGCCGAACUCCUGGAGGAUGACAGUGAUCUCGAGUUUGAGCUCGAACCUGCGCCAAGUGUCAGUCCAGAGGUUGCUGCUGAAGCUGCGAACUGGGUGAAGGCAGACAUGCAACGCUUUGGAAUCGUUGCACCUAAGAGGAAGGGGGACCUUCUUACAAAAUUAAAAAGUAGAGACGCAGAUUCCGCAUCAACGGUUGGAAAUCAGGCUCCUGCAUCCUCAGGUCUAUCUGCAAGUGCUACGGAUAUAAGUGCCAAGGGAGCUCCAGCAGCUGCAAGUGCACCGGCUUGGGAUGCUGGCACCACCAGCCCGACUGGAACUACGAAUCAAAUUUCAAGCGCUACUCCCGAAUCUCCCUCGGCUGCAAGCACACGGAUCGCUCUAGGACAAUCGGAACGUAAGAAGAGAAAGCUUUGGACCCAAGAGGAAGAUCAGGAGCUAAUUGCAGCGGUGGAGAAAUGUGGUGAAGGCAACUGGACAAAUAUCCUGAAAGGAGCUUUCACACAUGAUCGCACUGCAGCCCAACUGUCACAGAGAUGGGCAUUGAUAAGGAAGCGGCGAGAAGUACAAGCAGCUGCUGCACAGAAAGCUAUACCUGGUAGCUCCAGCGGGGGUGCGGCUGACGCUCAACAAGGGGCAAAUCAACUGGCAACCUCCACAAGUGGAGCGAAGGUUUCACAGAACGGAGGUACAUUUGUUGUCAGCAGUGCCACUCAGUUGGCUUCUCCAGUAACUCCUGGAGCCGCGUUUUCCCCCCUGACACCACCAGUGGCGAUCACUGGCCCUACUCCGGGGCCCUCUACUUCAGCUCAACCACAAAUUCAAGGACUUCAUGUCAGUGGAUCUAGUAGUAAUUCUCCAGGAAGCAUUGUGGUCACCAGUGCACCAAAUGGCACACUGGCACCAUCCGGUGGUAGCUUAGAUGGUGUCUCAUAUAAGACGGCACCCCAAGUGGCACGUCCUUCUGGUGCACCCACUGUCCGGACUGGCGCAGUCGUCACACAACGGCAGGGCCAGGCAGUGGGUGCUGCACGGAGCACAGCAGGGUCUUCAACAGCUUCCGCAGCUUUGAGUACAGAACAAAUUCGGGGUGGAGUUGCCAAAACUGUGGGGAGUGGUGUUGGUGCAGGUCGCCUCAUAGCGCCUGGUGCUGUGGUAAUGAGUGCCGCUGCAGCGCAGGCGGCUUCCGUGGGGGGAAGUGAGAUGUGGCAGGCUAGCAGUCUCCCACCAGCAGCUACUCAAAGCUCAGUGCCAGCGAAGUAUGGAUCUCGAGGGAAUGCGGGGCCCUCAAGUGGCCGGGUCAACAUGUUAAUGAAGCAGCAGAUUACCGGGCCAGAUCCAGGGGUUCAAGCCGCAGCUGUGGCAGCAGGUGCAAGGAUUGCCCCUGCGUCAGCUGCUGCAUCACUUUUGAAGGCUGCUCAGUCAGGCAAUGUUGUGCACAUUGGGCCCGGGGGGGUUCCCAUCACGAAGACAGGGCUUCAAAAUCAAGCAGGAAUCGGGCAUGGUUCGAACGUUGGUUCGCGCGGAUCAUCUGGUGGUGCUAUCGUGCACUACAUCCGCACUGGUGCUGGAGCUCCACCUCCAAGCCUUCCAGGAAUGAUGAGACCAAGUCAGCAACAGAAGAGUCAGCCCGGCAAAUCGCCGGGUGUUAACCAAAUCAGCAACAGUGCUGCAUCGAAACAGCAGUCCAGUCCAGCUCCGUCAAGCGCAACAUCGCAGGCUGUUACUCCUCCCUCUCAAUCAAAGUAAUGCUCCAGGACAGUCUACGUUCUCAAGACACGAAAUUUACUUCUUCCUACUCAGUAGAUUACAGAACUCAUUACACAUAAUUGUAGAUCGAUUCCAACAUCAAUUAUUGCUUUGAGCUUGGACGCCGGUUGAACGACUAAAGCCCUCGUAUCAUACCGUAGGUGUCUGAGAAUUUUUUUUUAAAUGCAUGAGGAAGUGAUUAGUAAGCAAACAUUGACACAGCUCUUAUGUAUUGAACC